UAUAGUAUCGUCUAUGGUCUUAGAGUUAAACUUACUAUAGAAUAUAGAAUUAUUCGAUAAAUGGAAUUGUAAAUUGCGGUGUUUCUGCGUGGUGAUAAGCUGAAAGAUAUUAUAGCUUUUACAACACACAAGAUUAUUGCGUAAAGAUUGCCGGAAUUGUAAAAUUAAAACUAAGGCUUUAAAGUUAUUAUAAGAGUAUUGUUUAUAACAAAAUGGACGACGAUACUAGCCCCGACUUACAGUGAAUUUGAAAUUUUUUCAGAAAUGUUUGUCCGAAAAUACUAUGGACAAUGACGAAGUACCACUCAUAAAUGAAAAUUCAAACGGAUUAUCUCAUUUACUAACAGACGGAGAAUUUAAUAGCGUUGAAGCCGCUGUUGAUGAUUCGUCAAUAUCAAACCAGGGUUUCCUUAAUGCAGUUGAAUUAUCAACUGGUAGCGUUGGUGAUUAUUUAGAGAAUAAUACGGAGGGUUUUAAUACCGACUCGUUUGAUGUGGGUGAUAACGCCGUUAACUUUCCUAACGAUUCUCUAAGCAAUGUCCUCUCAGAUGGAGAUUCUCGUCUAAGUGCUACGUUUAAAUGUACCGAUGACAAUACAGAAGGUAAUUCUAAAAUAAAUAACGACAGCGAAUUUUCAAGUGAGGCAUUUGCCAUGGAAGAAAACAUAGAGCAGAGCGAUAAUAACAUAAACAUGGAAAGCAACGGCGUAAUUGAAAUUAAUGAAAAUUCAGAAAGUAAUAUAGAAAACGAAGAAAAUGUUGUCCACCAGCAUAAAAAUGAUAAUAACUUGGAAACAAAGAACUCUGAUAAUGGUGAAGUGAAGAAUGAAGAAAUUAUGAAGGAAAAAGAUAUUAGUAAAAGCAUUGAAGCACAAGAAACAAAUAAAUCCAUUGAGCCCAUGGAAAUUAGUUGUACUUCUGAAGAUGUAAAGACAGAUAAUGCAGAGGACGAUGCCAUGUCUGAUAUGAAUAAAAAGUUAAGCACAGAAAAAUCAAAAGUUACUGAAUCUGAAAAUAGUGACAAAAACCAAGAUCAGGAUAUAUCUCCAAAGGUGGGUGGAGCUGAGGAAACGGAAGUUGUGUCUGAAGAUGAAUUGCCACUUGUUCAAAAGCCUAGUGUUAAGGAUGCUGAAAAUGUUUCUGAUGAUGAAUUACCAGGUCCAAAACCAGCAGAACUACCAGCUGAUACAGAGGUAGUUUCAGAAGACGAGCUCCCGGCUUCUAAAAAAGAAUCCACUAGAAAAAGAAAGCCUGAUGAAGAAGGUGAUUAUGACCCAGAGUCACCAACAGCAGAGAAAAAGCAGGCAGUAGCUAAGAAUGGUGAAAGUAAACCAGUACCUGCUGAAAAGCGAACAUCAGUUGAUGAAAAACCUAAGAAAAAAACAUUACCUGAAUUAGAUAAAUACUGGAAAGUAGUCAAUGAUGAUCCCACAGACUUCACUGGAUGGACAUAUCUUUUGCAAUAUGUAGAUCAAGAGAGUGACGUAGAGGCAGCUCGUGAGGCUUAUGACGCCUUCUUGUCUCAUUACCCAUAUUGUUAUGGUUAUUGGAGAAAAUAUGCUGAUUAUGAAAAACGUAAAGGAAGUAAAAAGAAGUGCCUCGAGGUGUUAGAAAGAGGUCUCAAAGCUAUACCAUUAUCUGUGGAUCUCUGGAUACAUUAUCUUAAUCAUAUCAAAUCAACCAGAACCGAAGACCACGUCUAUAUAAGAUCUCAGUAUGAACGAGCAAUAGAGGCAUGCGGUUUGGAGUUCCGCUCGGAUCGAUUGUGGGAGUCAUAUAUAAAGUGGGAAGCAGAAAACGGUUCAGCAUUGAAUGUGACCAACAUCUACGAUCGUUUAUUAGCUACGCCAACACUUGGAUAUACUUCACAUUUUGAUAAUUUCCAAGAGCACGUGAUGUCGGAGCCGGUGACGGGCGUGGUGUCGCGCGCGGAGCUGGUGCGGCUGCGCGGCGAGGUGCGCGACGAGAGCGGCCAGGUGCCGCAGCUGGACCUGCCGCCGGGCGAGGACGAGCCGCUCGACCAUGUGGCGUCUGAGGAGGAAGCGCAAGCAAUCAAAGAGCGUGUUAUCGCAGCACGGAGGAAAGUGCACAAAACGACCGGGGAAGAAGUCGCCGCGCGGUGGACGUUUGAAGAAGGGAUAAAACGCCCAUACUUCCAUGUGAAGCCUUUGGAAAGAUGUCAGCUGAAGAACUGGAAGGCUUACUUAGAGUGGGAAAAACAGCAUGGAUCCCUGAAACGCGCUUUAGUUCUGCACGAACGAUGCCUAAUCGCUUGUGCACUGUAUGAAGAAUUUUGGAUGAGGCUGAUAAAGUUCCUCGAGGAGAAAUCAAGCGCUCACCCAGAGCUGGUGGCGGUGCAGCGCGACGUGCUGGAGCGCGCGUGCACGGUGCACCACCUGGACAAGCCGGAGCUGCACCUGCACUGGGCGCACUUCGAGGAGGCGCUCGGCCACAGCGCGCGCGCCGCCGAGAUACUCGACCGCAUCGAGAAGACGUGCCCCGGCCUCGUGCAGAUACAGUACCGUCGAGUUAAUCUCGAACGUCGUCGUGGCGACUACGACAAAUGUGUACAGCUGUAUGAAGGGUAUAUUGCAUCGGCCAAGAACAAGGCUAUUGCAUCAGCUCUGUCGAUUAAGUACGCUCGGUUCUUAUUCCACGCGAAACUGGAACCUGCGGCAGCCAGAAAAGUGCUUGAUGAGGCCAUAGAGAAGGACCCCCUCAACGCAAGGUUGUAUAUGCAGAGAUUGGAUAUGGCUUUACACACACCUGGCACUCCAUAUGAAGAGUUGGAAGAGCUAGUGCGCUCGUACGAGAAGCAGGAGGGCGCGGAGCUGGAGACGAGCGCGGCGCUGGCGUGGCGCUGGCGCGAGCUGGCCGAGGAGGUGGGGCCGGCGGCGGGCGCGCGCGCCGCGCACCUGCACGCGCGCGCGCUCGCCCGCCACCUGCGCAAGCGCGCGCGCAAGGACAAGCACGACGCGCCGCCGCCACAAGCGGCUGCGGAGACGAAGAAAAAGGAGAGCGCAACGACCACCGCGAGCGCGACGACCGCGAGCACCACGUACUACCAGAGCACGGCCGCCAAUGCGCAGUCGUACGACCAGUCGUACGCGCAGCCGUACCAGCCGCCGUGGGGCUACCAGCAGCCACCAGGCCCCUACCAGCACCACGCGCCCUGGCCGCAGUACCCCAACUAUUACUAGCAUACGACCCACCAACGCGCGAGAUACAUGCCCCCCGACGCUUUUAACCCCCCUCCCCCUCCUCCCCGUUAAAACCUCUGCACUCUAAUGAACUGAUCGUGUGUUCGAAUUUUACAUUUUCAAGAAAUUGUAGUGUAUUGUGCUAAUAUAAACAUUGUUGUUGUGAACCUACAGUACUACAGUAAUUUCUGACAUAUUGGAAAUGAGAAUUAUCGAUAAUAAUUUAUAAUGCUGAGAUCUCAAAGCGAUUGUUGUGUACAGCGUCGCCUAAAUGUAUAUAUUAUAAACACAGAAUACAAACGGAAUGCAAAGUUUAUAGGAAUACAACUGGAAUCUGAAAUGAUCCAUAGAUUUAUUGUAAUAAGGCAUGAUUUGAUGUGUAUGUCUUAUCUUAGAUAAUAAUAAAUUGUUCAAACUUAUCUUAUUUGUGUAAUUGUCAUGAUUUAUGAGACAGUUUCUCUGUGUUUAGUGUCUUAAAUAGUUAUUGAGUAAAACAAUUGCUAUAUAGAAAAAGGCCAAAUCGUACUUUGUAAUUGCACCUGCAAUGGUCUAAUUGGAUGACGCAUUUGGCUGUGUUGUUGUAAUUGCUCUUAGCCAAUUGAAUAAAUUCGAAUAAAAUUAAAAUCGAAGUAUGCAAAAUAACACUUGCUAUGGUUUAAUAAAUAUAAUAUAAUAAAUAUAAUAAUUUAGUUUAGUAAAAGAAAUAUUGUACCCUAGAUUAUAACAUUAUCUUUCUUAUCUAUAAAGUAACAAAUUUUAUAUUGUAUCUGAACUUAAUCGCACUUGCACAUUUGCGAUUAUUAAUUUUAUGUCCUGUUACAUUAAAAGAAACACCAUUUAUAUCCAAUUUUUUCAUUGUGGGUGAGGGAAGACUUUGUGUAUAAUUAAUAAAUGUCGUUUUCGUAGAUAUUACUAACACAGUAGUUUUCCAGUUCUCGUUCUAUAUAAGAAGUACAAUAGAUUGCCACAUAGCUCGCCACCGGAUAGUAAAUAAUUUGUGUAAGAUUCAGAAGUACAGAAUAUUGCAAGAGGUGUAUUGUUGGUUAUUUCUCAUCAUUGAAUUCAGUGGAUUUUAUAUUUGUUUAGCUUUAAAUUUAAAUGUCGCAAUCUUAUAACUUAACAAGAUUACUCUAUGUAUGACAUUGUUUUAAUAUAAGAAUUUUAAAACUUAA